GCUGAGCUUGGAACAGGACGGUGUUCCCUGUUUACUUGGGUUCUUGGGGCAACAGUUUUCUCCCAACCCGACUUUCAACUGCUUUGGACAUUAGUUUCAUAGGAGGAUUCGUUCUUUAAAGUAAAAUGGAGCGACUCUAUUACCCAGGGGCCUCAGCCCCUCUGCUGACCUCUGAGCAGUCAGCAUGUCACUGAAGAGCGAGCCCAGGGUGGACUCUUCGGCACUGCAGAAAAUCGCCGUAGACAUGAGCAAUCUGAUAGAUAACCUGGACACGCGGGAACUCCACUUUGAGGGAGAGGAGGUGGAGUAUGAUGCAUCUCCUGGAGACCCCAAGUCUCAGGAAGAGUACAUCCCGUUCUCUUCCAUUUACAACACUCAAGGAUUUAAGGAGCCCAAUAUCCAGACCUACCUCUCCGGCUGUCCUGUGAAAGCACAAGUGCUCGAAGUAGAGCGCUUCACGUCUACAACCAGGGUGCCAAGCAUCAAUCUGUACACUAUUGAGUUAACACAUGGGGAAUUCACAUGGCAAGUGAAGAGGAAAUUCAAGCACUUCCAAGAGUUUCAUAGAGAGCUGCUCAAGUACAAAGCCUUCAUCCGAAUCCCCAUCCCCACCAAAAGACAUACUUUUAGAAGACAAAAUGUCAAAGAAGAGCCCCGAGAGAUGCCCAGUCUGCCCCGUUCAUCAGAAAACACAAUCCAGGAGGAGCAGUUCUUUGGCAGGAGGAAGCAAUUGGAAGAUUACUUGACAAAGAUACUAAAGAUGCCCAUGUACAGAAACUACCAUGCCACGACAGAGUUCCUUGAUAUAAGCCAGCUGUCUUUCAUCCAUGAUUUGGGACCAAAGGGCCUGGAGGGGAUGAUCAUGAAAAGAUCCGGGGGACACAGGAUACCAGGUUUGAAUUGCUGUGGCCAAGGAAGAGCCUGCUACCGAUGGUCAAAAAGGUGGUUAAUAGUAAAAGACUCUUUCCUGUUGUAUAUGAAACCAGACAGUGGGGCCAUCGCCUUCGUUCUCCUUGUAGACAAAGAAUUCAGAAUAAAAGUGGGAAGGAAAGAGACAGAAACGAAAUAUGGACUUCGAAUCGAUAAUCUUUCAAGGACACUGAUUUUAAAAUGUAACAGCUACCGCCAUGCUCGCUGGUGGGGAGGAGCUAUCGAAGAGUUCAUCCAGAAGCAUGGCACUGACUUCCUCAAAGACCAUCGCUUUGGUUCCUACGCCGCUGUCCACGAGAACACGUUAGCUAAAUGGUACGUGAACGCCAAAGGUUACUUUGAAGAUAUCGCCAAUGCAAUGGAAGAGGCGGCAGAAGAGAUUUUCAUCACUGAUUGGUGGUUAAGUCCAGAAAUCUUCCUGAAGCGCCCAGUGGUGGAAGGCAACCGCUGGAGGCUGGACUGCAUCCUCAAACGGAAAGCACAACAAGGCGUUCGGAUUUUCAUAAUGCUUUACAAAGAGGUGGAAUUAGCCCUCGGGAUCAACAGUGAAUACAGCAAGCGGACAUUGAUGCGGCUGCACCCCAACAUAAAGGUGAUGAGGCACCCAGACCACGUGUCAUCCAGUGUCUAUCUGUGGGCUCAUCAUGAGAAGCUUGUCAUUAUCGACCAAUCGGUGGCUUUCGUGGGUGGCAUUGACCUGGCCUAUGGAAGGUGGGACGACAAUGAACACAGACUCACAGAUGUGGGCAGUGUGAAGAGGAUCACCUCGGGACUGUCUAUGGGCUCUCUCACAGCAGCAGCAAUAGAGUCUAUGGAAUCCUUAAGCCUCAAGGAUAACCAUGGAUCUCAUAAAACGGAGCCUAUUCUGAAGAGUGUCGAUGAGACAGACGGCAAGCUGAAAGGAGUAGGAAAGCCCCGGAAAUUCUCCAAAUUCAGCCUGUAUCGGCAACUGCACCGUCGCCAGCUGCACAACGCGGACAGCCUCAGCAGCAUCGACAGUGCCUCCAGUUAUUUUAACCACUCUAGAAGUCACCAGAGUUUAAUCCAUGGUUUAAGGCCCCACUUGAAACUCUUCUGCCCUUCCGGUGAGUCCAAGCAGGGCCUCACUAGGCACAGCACUGAUACUGGCUCCAUCCGAAGUGUGCAAACAGGCGUGGGAGAGCUACAUGGGGAGACCAGGUUUUGGCAUGGGAAGGAUUACUGCAACUUUGUCUUCAAGGACUGGGUUCAGCUGGACAAGCCUUUUGCUGAUUUCAUUGACAGGUACUCCACUCCCCGGAUGCCUUGGCAUGAUAUUGGUUCUGUGCUUCAUGGGAAGGCAGCUCGAGACGUGGCUCGGCAUUUCAUCCAGCGCUGGAACUUCACGAAGAUCAUGAAGCCAAAAUACCGCUCCCUUUCGUACCCUUUCCUGCUUCCAAAAUCUCAAAGCACUGCGCAUGAGCUGAGGUAUCAGGUGCCUGGGGCGGUCCCCGCCAAUGUGCAGUUGCUCCGAUCUGCUGCUGAUUGGUCUGCUGGAAUAAAGCACCAUGAGGAGUCAAUCCACUCUGCCUACAUCAACGUAAUAGAGAACAGUAAACACUACAUCUACAUUGAAAAUCAGUUUUUCAUAAGCUGCGCUGAUGAUAAAGUUGUGUUCAACAAGGUGGGCGAUGCUAUUGCCCAGAGAAUCCUAAAAGCCCACAGGGAAGGCCAGAGAUACCGGGUGUACAUCGUGAUACCACUGCUGCCGGGAUUCGAAGGCGAUAUCUCCACAGGCGGAGGGAACGCUCUACAGGCAAUAAUGCACUUCAACUACAGAACCAUGUGCAGAGGAGAUAACUCCAUCCUUGGACAAUUAAAGCCAGCGCUUGGUAAUCAGUGGAUAAAUUACAUUUCCUUUUGUGGUCUGAGAACACAUGCAGAGCUGGAAGGGAACCUAGUCACUGAGCUCAUCUAUGUCCACAGCAAGCUGCUAAUUGCUGAUGACAACACAGUGAUUAUUGGUUCUGCCAACAUCAAUGACCGGAGCAUGCUGGGGAAGCGAGACAGUGAAAUGGCUGUCAUAGUGCAGGACACGGAGACAGUCCCAUCAACAAUGGAUGGAAAAGAAUACCAAGCUGGCCGCUUUGCCCAAGGACUCCGGCUACAUUGCUUCAGGCUUGUCCUUGGUUAUCUUUCUGAUCCAAGUGAGGACCUUCAGGAUCCUGUGAGUGACAAAUUCUUCAAGGAGAUUUGGGUUUCAACAGCAGCUCGGAAUGCUACCAUUUAUGAUAAGGUGUUCCGUUGCCUUCCAAAUGAUGAAGUGCACAAUUUAAUGCAGUUGAGAGACUUUAUAAGCAAGCCCAUAUUAGCAAAAGAUGACCCCAUCCGUGCUGAGGAAGAACUGAGAAAGAUCCGAGGCUUCUUGGUGCAAUUCCCCUUUUAUUUCUUAUCUGAGGAAAACCUGCUGCCUUCUGUAGGAACUAAAGAAGCAAUUGUGCCCAUGGAGGUUUGGACUUAAGACAAACUCCUUUGUAACUCAGGGACUUCCAAUCUGAAGACUACAUUUGCAUAUGGUGACUUCCCUAAGGACCUCACGGCCAAAGUGAGGUCCAAUGAACCCUCGUGACCAUCUCACUGGACUCUUUGGAGUAGAUGAGGGGACAGUGGUCACAUUGGUGUAAGGGCACUUGGCAUAAGCAUACCUUCAAUACUCUUCCUGCCUGGCCUUGAGAAAAGUGGCUAUGUUCUUGUUGAUGGCAUAUGCUCAAACAAAAUCCAUCUCCUGUACUAACACAAAUCUGCCUGUAACUGUGAACUGUGAUCCAAGUUGCCAAGAGUGCCUGAACUCUCUUGCUCUCCUCUGAUGCUCAUUUAUACAGCUAGGGCCCACCAGGCAUGCCCUCAUCUUUUUCCAUACAGCCCUGUGUAAGAGAUUGCUUAUCAAUGAAAGAUGUGGAGAGCUGCUUUGAGAGUCUUCAAGGUUCCAGAGGAUGCUGUACCAACUUAGUUCUGACAUGAGGGUAUUUAUUAAGCCAAGAAAUUGCUUUUUGUUCCUUUUCAGUUACCGUAGGGACUCACAGGCUUUGCCAAGCUACCCAAACUAGGCACUUCCGAGGACAGCGAUGGCAUGUCUUAACAACAGGAAGACAUUAAAUUCCAAUACUGAAGAAGAAAUUUCCCUUGGUUCCCAAAGAUACUGCCAAGCUGUGUCCUUGUCAUUGAGCCCAUCUGAUAAACUCUGUAAACAUGUGCAGGGUGUACCAAAACAUAGCAACCAGAUAAACACACAGAGAAUCUCCCAGGUGUCAGUGGGGAUCCAGUUCAGUUAUAUAAGGGACAAGAUUCCCCACAGUAUGUAGCAUCCCUGUUAGCCACCAAGUUGGGAAAAAACUUGGAUUGUUUAUGGAGAAAUCCGGUGGAUGUAAUUUGUCUUCCAAAAGAACUGGAGGCAUUAUGAGUCCUUCCAGCUAACAAGCAGGAAUCUAACCUUAUUUAUUUACCCUCUAGUUUUCCCACUAUGUCUUCUUUAGGGGGAAAGUAGUUGAUUAUAAAGAUGAGCUACUUUGCUUGCAUUGAUAACUAUACAGUAACAUUCCAACAUGGCUUCCAAAGAAGUUGCAAUAGUAAUUCAUAUUGUCCCAGUCUGAAAUGUGCAUAUCCAUUUUCCUUUUCAGAUGCUAUGGUGUCCUUGAUAAACCAAAUUUCAGAGUUGUUGCAUCCUAGGAGCAUCUGUGGGUUCCUGCAACCCUGGGGGUCCUUUGGGAUCCUCUUCAAAGCAACUCUUGACUCAUGUUUUCAUGAACAGAUAUGCUGGUUUAAAAGAUGAUACAGGACCACAAAGCCAGUGUUAUGGGUUAGUAACAGAGCAACAGUCACAUCCAAGGGAGGAUGUCACCCCUAGGGAACAUUCCACGAAUAAGGUGGGAUUUGUAAUCAACAAUGAAAAUGAAUAUGUUUCUAUGAAUAAAUAACUUAUUUCUUAUAUGGCCAAGGAUGGUGAGAUGAUUUCAUUUCAUAGUUGUAGUGAAUAAAACACUUUGCAGAUAAAGAUAAGACUGCAUUUAAAAUAAUCAAUGUGCAUAGAAUGCCUAAAGAUUCAUUGUUCUUUAUUUUAAAAAAUAUUUAAAACAUAAAAACAGUCAACCAGCUGGUUCUUGAUUUUGCACACAAUGUUCUCCUAAGAUCAUAAAGUACCAGCAAGGACCAAUAAUAAAUCAUUUACUCUGACCCUUCCCCACUGUAUAGAUAAGGAAAGUGAGACUUGUGUUAGAGGAAGGGAUGAUGUAAGAUGUGCAAUAGACUGCUGUAACCAGUGUCAGCCUCUCUUUACUUCAUGGUUACCCUGGACUGAGGACAUGAAGCAUGCAGACCGGUACUUUAUACUGUUAUGAACCAUGUGAUCUGUGUUUAUUUGUCUCCACCUACUAGAAUGGGAGCUGUACAUAGCAGGGACUUCAUGGGUUAUUUAGCCUUCAGAGCCUGAAACAGAGCCCAAUGCAAAGGAGGUGCCAAUCAAUGUUUGUGGACUGAAUAUAUGGUAUAGAAGAGGAGCCAAUGAGCUGAAAAAACACACUGAGUUUUAGUGGUUUAGUCCUCCUGCUGGUUUCCAUGGCAAGUUUUCCCCACUAUAUCUUCUCAAAAAGAUUUACUUAGAGGGGCCUUGUGGGAAAUUCAUUGUAAUGAAUCCCUUCCUGUGGCAACUAUUUAGAGUUCAACUGUCUGCCAAGACGCACAGGGCUUGGGCAUGAGCUCUACCAUGAGCUGAUUGCCUAUCAUUCUUGGACACCACUACUCCCUUCUGAAAGCUACAUCAUCAUAUCUGAUAGAGACUUGAAUAGCUUGUGCCCUGAAAAGCUAGUUCAGACCUGCUCAGCAUUUCAGAUUGACCACAACCUUUUGAAGUGCCCAUCAGCCCUCACCCAAUGUCCUGCCAAUCUCUGUAACAAUCUUUGUUUCAAGAAGCAAAAAAGUCUAUAAUAAGUGAGGAGUAGAAAAUGGUGAUGUCCUGAAGGUGCUGCUGUGGAUACAGACCAAGCAAGUGGGGUGUGGCAAUUCCCUUCAAACCAAGUGUCCUUGAAGUGGGGUGGUCUUAACCCUGAGCCUCAGUGCAGCACAAAGAAAUUUAAGGGACUGAUUGUGCUUCACAUUGUGAAAUAAAAAUAUUUGUUUUUAAA